UUGUAAAUACGGCAAGUGGUGUUUGCCAAGGUGUUUUUUCCAUCUUCUAUUGUGUUUUUACAAUAUACGGGGAUAUAGGUAACUUUGUUUUUCUUUGUAAAAGUGUGGUCUUCGAAGGUGUUCGUGUGUGAUUUGUUGAACAAGAGCACUGCUUCACACCCGUAAAUCUUCUAAAUCGCAUUACCCUCCCUUCGUUAGAGAGUCAAGUGAAUCAGAAUGAGGAGGUCAACGAAUUCUAACGCCUCAUUUGACGAGGAUGUUAUGAUGAAAGGAUACGCUAUCUUCACGGGCGGCCUAGAUAUGGCUGGGAACCCUCUGAUAACGUUUCCCGCCUUGGAGAAGACACCGGCUUGGUCAUCCGACAAUCUCUUCCGACUUCUUCUGUACAUGACAGACAUCGCCGAAUUAAUUCUAAAGCGGAAGUCAAUGGCGUUUUUGGCAGACUUUCACAGAGGUUACAGCGAAGAGAAAAUGGCUCUGUUAGUACAAGCUUUGCAGUCCCUUGAGUUAGAGAAGAAAGGCACCGUUGCUGUUCUGUAUGUCUUGAAACCUAAAUCAAGAGGCAAAAGCCAUGCACUGAAGAAACUUCUUGGUAUCAAGCAAAAACGAGAUCAAGUUUCUUUUGCGAGCCAAUUCAAAUCUAUUUUGCUAAAGUCUAUCACUGCUCUGCAUACCCAGAUUGAACCCUCCCAACUGACCAGAGACUUUGGAGGGACGAUUGCUUACGACCAGCACUCGUGGAUGUAUUUCUUUAAGAAAAUUCUUCCGACAGUGGCGCUAUCCGAAGAAACAUUGGAGCGAUCGGCAGAUAUCCGAGAUAAAACCUUACUUCUAGAGGACUAUGAAACCAAUGGACACACUUCUAAAGAACUCAGGAGGCACAAGAAGGAUAUAUACCAGCGUUAUCGAAAUCUCCAAGGAGAAAGCAAUAUCAAAACUUCGAUUCAGAAAUGCAAACAGGCGUUGCACUUAUUGGACGAACGCUCCGAAAACGACCCGCUGGGCAAUCUUCAUCCCAUUCUUAUAAUGGAAGUCACUACGCAUGUGCGGACAAUGUAUAACCAGCUUUUGCAACUUCAGAAGGAGUUGGACGAAAUAUGGAAGGAAUUAAACUGUUUCCUAGACAAGGAAAUAGACAUCAAAACUAGACGAGAAGAAGCAGAGCUACUUUGUGUGGAUAUCUCGGAACGCUUUUGGCCGAUACUUAGUCAACAUCCAACCCUUGCGUCAUGUUUAAAGCAAGCUGAGAUGUACAGGACUCAUUUUGCAACAACACUGUAUGACCCUGCCACGCAAAUGAUGUCAACUGCCACACAGAUUCUACAGCAUCUCCGGUUUGUCCAGAAUGAAAGUAGUGAACACUCAUCUAACGUGAAGGCGGUUGUCAAAAGACUUACCAACACUAUUCGUCCAUUUACUCAUCAGCUUAAUUCGAUUAAUCAGAUUUACACAUCCAUUCAUGUGUUCUUUUUCAUCUAUGAGAAGUCUCUGACUUGGUACAAACGGUCCCUGAACUUUAUUCCAAAUUCAUUAUGUAACCUCGCUAUGGAAACAAACCCGGACGAAGUAUCAUUUCUCUCGGCUCCGCCUGACUGGAAGUACAGCGUCCGGACCUUCCUCAAAAAGCAUCCAGCGCCUAAAGAGGACCCCAUCGCCAUAUUAGAUAAAAAUGCUCCCAGAGAAAUAGACAUUGCAACAAAAACAAGAGGAAGGAAGCUUGCGAAUAGACUUCGUGUCCUCAUUUCGAUCAUGCAAGAUACAUAUUUAGAUGUCAGUUGCAUUAAGGCAAUUCAUGCGUGGAAACAGGAGGAUUCUUUUGAAGAAAACAUACAUUUACACGAAGCAGAGCAAUUCGAGGCCGAAAUCAACCCCGUUCUCUUAAGUCCUUUCAAGAGACAAAGACCCUCUAGACUACGGCGAAGAAUAUGCAGAUCCCGGAGCAACCAUCAGAAGAACCAAACCAAGUCUUCAUUCCGGAUUGGAUGCGAUGGAAAAAUACGACAUGUUCGAAAUGAGUCUUCUGAUACCGAUGCACUCGGUUUCUCUUCUGAAAGUGGAAGCGUUGGAAAAGGUGAUGAUCCAGGGAACUUUUUGAAUGGCGCAAACUCCUGGCAGCAACAUAAUAAAAACAACAACCCAUUCUCAAACCGAGUACGCAGCUUUAAGAGUACGUCAUCGAUCCAGUCGUCUGGCAAUUGGUCGAUGAAAACGGACAGUGCCGUUGAUUUCAUUUAUAAAAUCACGUCAUCUAGGGCUUUGACCAGUGAAAAGAAAUUGCAGUUCGUCUCCGACGUUCUCCUUGCUAUGGACAAUGGCGAAGAUGAGGACAACGAUGAAGAUGAAGGAAUUACGAACUUCAAUGAUGAUUACCGUGAUGUAUUAUUUGUUAAUCCACAUCGAAAUGGGACACCAGCAGAAACGAUUUCAGAACUCACUGGCCGACUUUGCAAGUCUUUGGACAAUAUUCUGGAUGACGAUAUUCGGCAGGACCAAAGAAGUCUCAAUUCAUACCAGCAAACGAAGUCUUUGAGCAAUAUCCAUUCUGCUGAUUCUGAAGUUAAGCUGUGGGAGAAAAUCGAAAGUCGGUCAGCGUCCAUGAAAAGCGUGCAUCUGGACGAUCGAGAAGAUUCCUCCAAGUCGGACGAAUCCGGAGAAGAAGUUGACGAUUCUGCCCCAUUGGAGGUUUUGCAGAGAAACAAACCUAUGAGACAAAAUAUCAGACGAAAGCGACGUAACACUACGGACAAUUUCGACACAAGUGAGUUGGAGAACGAUUUCUUAACACGAAAUAACAGUGAGCGAAUUGCUAUGACUCACAACAUGAUUGAAUCGACGAGGAAGAACCUCGAGAAAGUACAGGAAAUCAGAAAUGGGAUCUCGUCUUCUCCCGACUUUAGGACUUUUCUCCCGGAUACAUCCUUAGGAGUAGGAUUAAAGUCAGACUCCACUAUAGACAGUUGUCUGCUUGCCAUCGAUCCCAAAUCGUCCGGGGGAGGAUUUUAUAUCGGCGACGAAAACACAAGAAGCAAGCAAUAUGACGUUUAGUUAUAUUUGUUUAUUGCAUUAUUUCAUUACUUUCAAAUCUUUUUGUAGUUAUACUAUAGAACUGUAUUAAAGCACAAAGGCACUAGAUAAUAUUUAAAACGGCAGCACUGGAAAGGCUAAAUGAAUUGGUUUUGAUAUGGUUUGGGUAAUUUUUACUUUUGGGAAUCGUUAUAAUUUCAUUAAUUUGUGAUAUUAAAAUAUACUGAAGAGAAGUGAUAAUUAUCAUACCGAACUCAAAAAUUCCAGUUUAAAUUUCUCCUAUGUGACCAAUUCCGCCUACCAAUCAUGAAAGCAAGCAUCCAAACAUUUUUAUUGAUGCCAUCUUUGAUAAAUAUUAUUGGCUAAAAACCUAGCACUCGAGCAACUUUCCAAAUGAAAUGUAGAAACUUUUUUGUAAGAUUGUUCAAUUUUGUCUCUUUGUGUAAAAUUUUAUGGUAGAGAGGUUUAAACGUUUAUAGUUUUACUGAUUUUUUACGAAUUAAAAUAAUAUAUACUUU